AUGGCGGAGAGUCAGGACACAGCUGGGCUAAAGGUAAAUAAGUCGAAAGAGGAAGAUACUGAACUACUAUGUGAACCAUGUCAGGAUCAAGGAAAGUCUGUGAAGGCAAAAGGCUAUUGCUUGGAUUGUACAGACUAUCUAUGUGAAACGUGUUUUGACGGUCACUGUUUACCCCGCCCAACAAGAAAACAUAGAUUGUGCAGUACGGAUAAGGUUCCAGAAAGAGAUAAACAAAGGGGAAGCCAUCCAAACGAUGUACCCAGUGAUAACACAUCUUUGGUCUGCCAGAUUCAUGAUGGGUAUGUUAUUGUUUCUUACUGUGGAACGCACAAACAGUUCUGUUGUGAGAAAUGUCUCAGUAUCGGCCAUGUGGCAUGCAAUGACUUGAAUAACAUCACUGAAUUUACAAAUGAGAUAACCAGUAGGAAGGAAUUCAAUUCAUUUUGUGCGUCUAUGACAUACUUUAAAAACAAAUGGCAGUUAGAGAAACAACGAGCAUUGUCGAACCUCGAUUAUGUAAAUCGUUGCUAUGAAACUACAAUUAGUUUUGUAACAAACCAACUGGGUGAAAUGAAAGCAGCAGACAGCGCUUAUUUGGGUUUGGUAAUUUCAGCAUGCGAGAGUACGAUAAACCAGCUUGACCAAUGGUUGUCAGAUAUGGAGAGUUACAAAACGACAAAACGAAAUAAGAAAUUGUUGCAAUUCAUGCAAUCCACACAGUCUCAGUUACGUGUAAUGGACGACUACGUCCAUGCUUCCUUUGGUAAAAGCCAGAUCACUCGGUACUGUAUUUGCAAUGUGGAACCAUCAGAAACAUCUAUAAUUAACAUUGCUAAAACGCCUUUUCUGUUGAAGAGAUUGAAUAUUUCCGUAACUUGGAUGUGUUCGACCAUAAAUAGCGAUUUAAUUUGCUUCAACAAACAUUUGCUUGCUGUUGACCAAUACAACAACAUAUUUAGUCUGAUCGACACUACGGAAGAUAAAGUUAUCUCAACACAGGAGGCAAAUGGUUCACCUGUGCAAAUGAGUAGCUGGGAAAACAAGGAUGCAUCAAUACUUUAUUGUACCCAGUGCGGUCAUAUUAACAGUGUUCAUAUACAGCAACAAGAUAACGAGUUGAAGUUGAUAGACGGCGAAACAAUCCGAACUGAAACACAAUAUCAUUCUAUCGAUUAUUACAACCAAAAGUUAAAAGUCAUUGGGGGGAAUCCAUUACAACUGGCUGAGCUUACGCUUGACGGAAAGCUAGACAGAAUCGUGAACAAAGACUUGUCGCAAACUAAAGAUGCAGACGGACAGUCGCUCAUUUCUUCCGUUUCUUUUUCAACUGUCGACAAAUCGACUGGAUCAGUAUUCGUUCCCGGAAAUAAUUCCAUCGUUGAAAUAAAAAAUGAUGGUACGGUAGAACUAUUCGCAUACUCAGAGCUGCUAAAGUCGCCACAGAACAUACGAGUGUUGGAAGAUUCCUCCCUCCUUGUUGCAAGUAGAGAGAACAAGAAUGUUUACAGAGUCUACCGUAGUGGCCACGUGUCAAGCGUGUUGCCAGAACCCCUGGAUUUUCCCGUGGUGGCCAUUGGCUAUGAUACCGAGGAAAGACGUCUUUUCGUAGGUGGAGAGAGUGAUAAUGUGUCUGUUUAUCAACUGUAG